GCUGCUGUCUUGGCUCGUAAACAACGGGACAAGUUUCGUUCGUGGUGGCCGGAGAAGAGCGACAAGGGGCUUGUUUUAUUUGCUGGAAGGAAACGCUAGCCACAGAAAGCGGUGAAAAUAAUUUAUCCACCGCCAGGAAUUGAAAAUUUUGACAUACGUUAUAUUUUUGACAUAAUUAUUUACCCGUCAGUUUAACACUCCCAUGUUAGACGCUGGUGUCCGCUUAAACACUGUUAGACAUAUCUUAAAGUAAAUUCCAUGUAUUCUCUCAGUGUGUUUUUUUUUUAAAACUUACAUGUGUAAUAAUGAUCUUGCACUGCUUUAAAUUUCAUGUCAUCAAAACAUUCAGAAAUAGCCUGAUCUUACAACAUUAAAAAAAAAAAAAGAUAAAUCAGUAGAUACCCUUUACAUGAACAUUUUAUUGAUUGAUCUCGACCAUGACUUUGCUCUUGUAUGUUAAUAAUUACACAAGAGUGCUACAGAAUAUGAUUGUGGGACACUGAGUGAUCACUCACUCUAUCUCUGUCAAUCAUGAGACUCGUAGUCUGUUUUCUUUCUCUGCUCACUCUUUUCGGUCCUGCAGAAUGUGGGAAUGUUUUAGUUUGGUUUACUGAGGGCAGUCACUGGAUCAAUCUGAAGAUCGUGUUGGAAACAUUGAUUGAAAGGGGACACAGUGUCACGGUGUUGGUUCCGGAUGCCUCUCUCUUCAUGCAUGCCAAAGAAUCAGAUCGCUUCUCCUACCAGCCCUUCAAUGUGUCUAUAUCUGCACAGGACAUAGAGAACUCCUUUGAGGAUUUUUUACAUUUCUCAAUGUAUGAGAUGGAAGAGUUAAACUUGCUGCAAAUUUAUAUCAAAUUCUACCAGCUUUUCUCCAAAGAUCUAGAUUUGUGUUUUAAAUACUGUGAUGGUACUCUGAAGUCUCCAGAGUUGAUGGACAAAUUGGAGCGUGGGAAGUUUGACGUCAUGCUGUCGGAUCCGAUCUAUCCAUGCAGCGAGGCUUUAGCUGAAAAGCUGAACAUUCCCUUAGUGUACACAUUACGGUUCUCUAUCGCUAACACUUUCGAGCGGAUGUGUGGUCAGAUACCAGCUCCACCAUCAUUUGUUCCUGGAACAAUGAGUAAACUCACAGACAAGAUGAGCUUUGCAGAGCGAAUCAAAAAUGUGCUCUUCUACCUUUCUCAAGAUGUUUUGGCCAUUAAUCUGUGGAAAAAAAUAGACAACUAUUACACAGAAUAUUUUGGUGGCAGUCACUGGAUCAAUCUGAAGAUCGUGUUGGAAACGUUGAUUGAAAGGGGACACAGUGUCACGGUGCUGGUUCCGGAUGCCUCUCUCUUCAUGAAAGCUAAAGAAUCGGAUCGCUUCUCGUCUCAGCCCUUUAACGUGUCGAUGGAUGUACAGGAGAUGAGAGACUUCGUUGAGGAAUUUCUAUAUUUCUCAGUGUAUGAGACCGAUCAGUUAAACUUACUGCAGAUUCAAAUGAAAGUCUUAGAGUUUACUUCCAAAAUUCAGGAAAUGUCUAUAGCAUACUGUGACGGCAUUCUCAAAUCGCCAGAGUUGAUGGCGAAAUUGCGGAAUGGGAAGUUUGACGUUGUUCUGUCGGAUCCGAUCUACGCAUGCAGCGAUAUUGUGGCUGAAGAGCUGAACGUUCCCUUGGUUUACACGUUCCGGUUAUCUGUUGCUAAUGUUGCUGAGCGGAUGUGUGGUCAGUUACCAGCUCCACCUUCAUAUGUUCCUGGAGUCAUGAGUAAACUCACAGACAAGAUGAGCUUCACAGAACGAAUCAUCAAUAUGCUCUUCUACCUUUCUCAAGAUUUUUUUGCCACUCUUGCUUGGAGAAGAUUUGACAGCUAUUACACUGAAUAUUUAGGACGGCCCACAUCAUUUUGUGAGAUGAUGGGUAAAGCUGAUAUCUGGUUAAUCAGAACCUACUGGGAUUUUGAGUUUCCACGGCCAUUCCUGCCCAACUUCAAAUAUGUUGGAGGCCUUCACUGCACCCCUGCAAAACCAUUACCCAAGGACAUGGAGGAGUUUGUACAGAGCUCAGGGGAUGAUGGGAUUGUGGUCUUCACUCUGGGGUCUUUGGUAGACAAAAUGCCUAAAGAGAUAAGCAAUAAGAUCGCCUCUGCACUGGCUCAGAUUCCACAGAAGGUUUUAUGGCGAUACGGCGGAGAGAAGCCAGAUACUCUUGGCGAAAACACCAGAAUCUAUAAGUGGAUCCCUCAGAAUGAUUUAUUGGGUCACCCCAAAACCAGAGCAUUCAUCACUCAUGGAGGCACUAACAGCUUAUAUGAGGCCAUAUAUCAUGGAGUACCAAUGGUUGGGAUCCCCUUGUUUGGUGACCAGCCUGAUAAUUUGGUUCAUGUAAAGGCAAGAGGGGCUGCUGUUAGUAUAGACAACAUCAAAACCAUGGAGCCACAAGACCUGGUGGAUGGACUCAAUGCCAUCAUUAAUAACUCCUCGUAUAAGGAGAAUGUUAUGCGUUUGUCCAGGAUUCAUCAUGACAGACCAGUAAAGCCUUUAGAUGAGGCUGUGUUCUGGAUUGAGUUUGUCAUGCGCAAUAAAGGCGCUAAACACCUGCGUGUCGAGGCCCACAACCUUACCUGGUACCAGUACCACUGUCUGGACGUGUUCGCUUUUCUCAUCACUAUCCUGACUGUAGUCCUCUACGUCUUCUUCAAAAUGUGCAAAUUCUUCAUAAUGCGUUGCUGUUUUAGAUCAAAAAGUAAAAAAAGCAAAAAAGAGUGAUUAAGAUUUUUGAUUGCUUUGAACAUUCUAUAUAAUGCAUUUUUAUUAUUUUUUUUACAUGCAUUGAAAAAUAGGUAUGAUGUCAUGUCAGUGCACUGUUUAUCCUGGGAAUUCAUGUUUAAAGAUGCCACAAAUUAUGUUUGAAGAUUUUAUACCAUAUUUGCAAAUAUGUUUUUUUUUUAGCUUACUGUAAGUUUUAUUUGUGAAAAUGCUGCCUUGUGAGUCUGCUCUGGCUGUUUUAAGAUUGAGUCAUACAAAAACAAAAAUAACAACAGGCUUACAACUUCUUUCAGGCAUUGAAACUAAACAAAUAAAUAUGCACUUGUUUUGUAAUUAAUUUACUGAUCAUUAUUAUAAAUAAAAUCAAAAUUAGAACGUGAA